AUGGGCGUCAAGGAAAUCCGUACCGCGAUCCAAGUCGACCUGGACAAGCCUGCCUGGGAGCAGCCGGGUUUGCAUAAUCGGUGGCAUCCAGACAUCCCUGCCUGCGGCACGAUCGCAAACAACGAAGUCGUCAAGAUCGAAUGUCUCGAUUGGACCGGUGGUCAAAUCAAGAACAACGAUUCCGCAGACGACAUCAAGAAUGUCGACCUCACCCGGAUCCAUUACCUUUCGGGACCGUUUGAGAUCGAGUCCGCCGAGCCGGGCGAUGUGCUCGUCGUAGAGAUUCAGGAUGUUCAGCCGUUCCAGCACCAGCCCUGGGGGUUUACCGGCAUCUUCCACCGGCAGAAUGGGGGUGGAUUCCUGGAUGAACUGUAUCCGGAAGCGGCCAAGGCCAUAUGGGACUUUGAGGGCAUCUUCUGCUCGUCCCGCCAUAUCCCCCACGUACGCUUCCCGGGCCUCAUCCACCCUGGUAUCAUGGGCUGUGCGCCCUCGGCAGCGAUUCUCGCCGAAUGGAACCGGCGAGAAGGCGAGCUGAUUGCCGCCAAUGCGUCGGCCGACCGCGAUGUCGCCAAACCGCCCGAGCCAAAGAACACCCAUGCCGGAAGUGCGAGCGAGGAUGUCAAGGCCAGGGUGGAAAAAGAGGGAGCCAGGACCAUCCCGGGUCGCCCCGAGAAUGGCGGAAACUGCGACAUCAAAAAUCUCUCGCGCGGCAGCAAGGUCUACCUCCCCGUCCACGUCCCCGGCGCCAAGUUCUCCGUGGGAGACCUACACUUUUCCCAGGGCGACGGCGAGAUCUCGUUCUGCGGCGCUAUCGAAAUGGCCGGCGUCAUCACCCUGAAAUUCACCGUUCUGAAAUCCGGCAUGGCGAAGCUGAACAUGAAGUCCCCCGUGUUCCACCCGGGCCCUGUCGAGCCCACCUUCGGGCCCGGCCGCUACCUCACCUUCGAAGGCUUCUCGGUCGAUGAGAGCGGAAAGCAGCAUUACCUCGACGCCACCGUUGCCUACCGACAGACCUGUCUGCGGGUCAUCGAGUAUCUGCGUCGGUACGGAUACAGCGACUACCAGAUCUACUUACUGCUCAGCAGUGCGCCGGUGCAGGGGCAUUUGGCGGGGAUAGUGGAUAUUCCCAAUGCGUGCACGACGAUCGGCGUGCCCAUGGAUAUUUUCGAUUUUGAUAUCCGGCCGGAGGCCGAGGCCGUCAGGAAGGACAUGGGGAGCUGCGCAUUUGCCAGCAGCUGA